CACAUAUUUGUCAGAUCAAGUGCAUGUGAGUUGUGAUUACCAUUACUCUGACAAUUCAUGAUUUUGAUCAGAGGUGGCAAAAUUACUCGCCCUCUGUAACUGGGUAGAGGUACAGAAAUGUCAGUAAAUGUACUGAUUUAAGGAAAAAGUACAGACUGAAAUAUUUUUAGGUACAAACCCGAAUUUCAGGAAGUUGGGACGUUGCGUGAAACAAAGACAGAAUACAAUUACUUUACAAAUUAUUUAACUAUCAAUGAUUUUACAAUAUAGGAAACAAAUAUCAAUAUGCAACAGUAUAAAUCUGCCAGUUUUUGCAUUUUCAAAUGAUCAGUUCUCUAACAUUCCUAGGAAAUCACAAUGUCCCAUCACUGAUGUGUUAUUUUUUGGAACAGGCCAGCAUCCACUGGCACAAGGUUGGUGACCCCGGAUUUAGAGUCAUCAAUGAACCUAUUGUGCACGUUUUUGGAAUGUGGAAGGUAGCUGACCUAUCAGCAAAAAAAAAAAAAAAAAAAAACUGCACAAGCGAGGGAGAACAUGCUAACUCAACACAGGAAGGCAGGAGCAGCGAUUUGAAUCCAGGACUCAUCUCAACUCUGGGAGACCUGCCAACCACAAGAACACUGGACUGCCACGUAAAGAUAUUCUCUAAUUCUAAUCUGAUUUUAUGAUCGUGUGUUUUGACUGUAUUAUAACAGACAACAAUACAAUAUGCUAUCAAUAUUUUGUACCUCCCUGGAAAGGCCACAAUGAACAAGGUAAUUUUGUACCCUUUCACUUUUUCCAUAUUUUCUUAUGUUACAAACCUGUUCUGAAAAUAUAAAAUGAAAGUAUUACACCAAAUUAUACACAGAAUGACAAAGUGAAAACAAGUUUAUUCAAAACUUCGCACAUAAAACACUGAAAUAUUUCACGUAUAUUAAACUGCGUACGUUAAAACGUUUGAAUUCUUUUUCUUGGUCUUGUCUACCCACUUGUUGCUAGGCAGGGUUCAGAGGCCUCAAUCAUAACUGCCCAUAGGCUAAUGAUUAAAUUGGCAGUGUUAACCACGCCCACUCCUGUUUGAAAAACAAAACUCGGGACUGGACACUAGCAACGGACAAAGUCAGACCCACACGGAGGUCUACGAAUUUUGACGAGGAAAUGUAUACAUGUACAAUUACAUUUACGUCAGUUACAUUGUGUUCCUCAUUAAUUACAUUAUGAAACGAAUUUAAAAACACGGUGACCUCUCGUGGAGCAACACCCACAGUGAAAAGUCGCCACUGAUAAAUGCGUCUACUAGUUCUGAAACGGCCUCAUUCUGUAAAGCGCUGGAAACUUGGCGGUGCUCUCUGCCUGGCGGACGUGCUUCGUGCAGUACUCCUGUCAUCCAUAAUUCAGUCCCAACCCAGGCAGCCAAGCGGGCAGGCAGGUACUCCCCCGCUCCUCCUCGGGCAGACGCUCAGCCUCUUUGCCACUCGUAGGCUACACGGCGUUCUUUUCUGUGGCAGGUGACUGGUGAAUUUGGCGGCCGUGGGGGGAGCGCAGGAGUGGAACAUUGGCGACGAAGAGACGGUCGUCGGUGAACCGUGGACGUAAACAUUGUCAUGCCCCGCUCCCUGCACCACCGUCUCCCUCCCACCUCCGCUCCGGUACAGGGGGCUCUGUUUGGGUAGAUGAGAUGGGAGCAGAAGCACAACGACACGUCGUCCCUGGAGGUAAAUCGAGGUGGUGCCGCGGUGAAGUUCUGUUCGGGACAGGGGACUGCGGUGGGCUUCAGCGCUGUGUGUCGGCUUCGUGUUGAGCGGCCAUGCUGCAGGCAGCAUCCUCCGACCUCUUCCCCACUUGAGCUGCACAAACUACUUCCUCCUGUUUAGCGUUAUUGUUUUGUUUUCUACUCUCCGUACGACAAUGCCUUUUCCAUGCGGAUUAAAUCCGAUUUCAUUACUGGCAGUGCUGUAUAACGCCCCUAAAGUGUCCAGACUGAUUAAGAUGUGAUCCGCUGCAGUCACUCUGAUGGAAACAUCUACCAAGGCUGCGUCUGCAUGACUGACUGCCCGGUGGGAUCAGCCUUGUUGUUAUCACAGCUCCUCCUCACACAGCGACAUGGGGAGCAAACAGACCAAGGGCCACGAUGCUGGAGGAGCCAGUCCUCAGCACAGCUGGAGGCGGACCAACUCCAAGGAGCGAGGGGACCUGUUUGCCUCCCUCAUGCUGAGGUCAGGGGACAGGCUGAGCCGCGGUGCCACCCCGCCGCCUUACCAGCGGCGUAUUAUAAUGAUCCAGGAGAUGAUGCUGAUGGCCAAGCAGGGCAAACACGACGAGGCCACAGAGAUGCUAAGGACACUACGGCAGGACCUGGGCAUGGAGUCAACAUCUCUGGACGAUGUAUUAUACCGCUACGCCAGCUUUAGAAACCUGGUUGACCCCAUCACACAUGAUCUGAUCAUCAGCCUGGCACGAUAUGUACACUGCCCAAAGACGGAGGGCGACUCUCUGGGGGCCAUGGAGAAGGUUUGUCGUCAGCUGACUUACCAUCUCAGCCCCCACUCUCAGUGGAGAAGACAAGGCCUGCUCAAGAGGAAACCCCAAGCUUGUCUGAAGGCGGUGCUGUCCACACCUCCACCCAGCGGGGCAUUGGAUCUGUCCGGUAUCCCUCUGGUAGCUCGCGAUAUGGAGCGUCUGUGUGCGCACCUCGAGCACCACGCUUCCACAGUGGUUAGCUUGGAGCUGGGGUUCACCGAGCUGACCGAUGAGGCCUUCCUCCUGCUCCUGCCCACUCUGGCUGCCCUGCCUCACCUGGAGACGCUGGCAAUGAAUGGAAACCGGCUGACCAGGACUAUUCUGAAAGAGCUGACUGAUGCCCUGAAGGAUCCUAACAGUUUCCCAAGUGUGACGUGGAUCGACCUGGGCAACAAUGUGGACAUCUUCUCCUUGCCACAACCUUUCCUGGUCAGCCUGAGGAAGCGCUGUCCUAAGCAGGGCAAUCUGCCCACCAUCCUGGAGUUUGGGGAGAGUCAGGCCAGCGAGCCCCCCGAGAGGCUGCGAGGCAUCGGUGAAGACGAGGAGACCGACGACACCAACAGGACUGAAAGCAUGGGAGACCUGCGCUCCGAGGUGGAGGAGGAACUGGACGGUGAGCUGGAGAUAGAGGAGAUGAUGGAGGAGCUGCUGGACUUUGACAGGGAGGCGCAAGGGAAGGAGGACGAAGACGAGAGCAUGUGGACCGUCGAGGAGCAGAGGAAAGCCAGGAGGAGGAGGAGGAGGAGGACACACGAAGAAGAGUUACAGAGAAAGGAGAAGCCGGGCCGAAUGGCAGUGAUGGCGCAGGACGAGGACGACACACAGAGCUACUCCUCCCCCUUGUCUUGCUCCAGCCAUUCGCAGCACUCCUCUGCAGCUGCUGAGCCAGUGAGAGCAGAGGAGGAUGACUUUGACAAUCUGACGGACCAGUCGGCGCACUUGACCUGAUUGCCGCUCCUUUCCCUGCUUAAAUUGUAUCUCCUGCUGUGUCGAAGUACCCGCGGAAGGAGGCGAGAGGAGGCUUGCUCCCAGCUUGAACAAGCCAUAUUUAACCAGCUGAACCAAGGUGACGAAGUACUGGACGACAGCUAUCCUAACAGGAUCUAUCAAUCUAUAAAUUACGGAAGGAUGCGAAUGCAGAAAACCACUAAAUAAUGAAUAAGCUUUUUAGUGUAGCUCACCCUGUUCAGGGUUUUAGUCAGGACCUUUCUGGUAACAUCAUAUUACCUUCAUGUGCCUGUAACAUGUCCCAUUUAAUGGUUAGGCGUCUGUGAUGAGAAGUACAGAAAACUGAGUGAGUUGCUCAUUUUACUUGAUAUACAACAAAAAGUUCGGAAUUUUGUAUUUAGAGUAUUUCUGUCAUAGCAGUACAGUUUUCACUACGUUCCAAAAACAACCCACGAUAGGUGAAAUCCGUGAAGUAGCAAACUGAAUUUUUUACAAUUAUACUGUUUUACGGUUGUAAACCUCACCAUUAACAUUUUCUCACAUUUCUCUCUUGUUUAAACACGCUCAAAGUUCAAACCUUUGGAAGAAAAAUAAGUACAUUAUUAUUAUUAUUGUUGUUGUUUUACUUAUUAUUAUUAUUAUUAUUGUUAAUAUUAUUGGAUCACGAUACAAAGGUCAAAACCUGUUUUAAGGCCCAAACAUGAGUUUAAGAAAAAAAAAAAUGAUGCCAAUUUUUAGAAAUAACAAAUUUUAUUUUAAUGAACACCUUAUGAGGUUGGAAACAUAAGAAAUUCUUAAUUGUGACUCUCGCAUAUUUCAUGCUUCCUCUGACCGUCCCUCGUUGUCCUGACGCCGCACCGCUGUAGCAUCCUUUACCACUGUCUUUUCCCGAGAGAAGAACAUAAUUAUAGGUAGUUGUUGCCGCUCUUUUUUCUUCUGGGCGAGAAGAUUCUUAGAAAGAGACACGCAACCUUCGAUUAUAUUUAAGAACUGUAACGAACGCAACAUCAAUGGGUCCCAUUCUCGCGCAGCUCCAGCGGUAUCCGCAGAGGCGACGUCUCCGUGCAGAGAAAACACUUAAGUCCAAAGCGUUUCUGAAAUUUGUCAAACCAGCCCUUGCGGGCAUUAAAUGAGCUUACUGGACCUACUGGGUGAGCAGCAGCACUCGUCGAUGGCCUGGGCUCCACAUCAUCCUCCUCCUCGCUGUCAGCAAAGCUUUCAUGAAGCGUUUUAGCUUCUGUGCGGAUAACGUUUGCAUCUAGCGAAAUGUUCUCUUUUUCUGCUGUCACUAAUCCACAACGAUAAAGCUGAUUCCAUCCUUACGAUGGUCUUGUUGUAGACGGUUACAACCCUUUUUGCUUGCUUAUUAAAACUUAUUUCUGCUGUCGUCCUUAUGUUACUUUCCUCCUUUUUAAUGUAACGCACCGAAGAUUCAUUGAUUCGGAAAUGGCACCCUACAGCCGCGUAACUUCUACAUUCCUUUAUCAUGUCCAGAAGUCUCACUUUUUCUGCGAUAGUUAGCAACUCCCUUUGCCUUUUGGGUGCGACCGCAGGUGCCCUUGUCGGUGCGGCAUGUUUCGUCGACAUUGUUGGUUAUGUCUGGGAGAAGACUUGCAAACAGGAGGCACUUUAGAGUCACACUGCUCGCAAUCGAACACUAAUUUCAAUUUAGCAAGUCGAACGCAACCUGCGCUGUGCAGGAGACGCGGCACGGAGGAGAUGGAUUCAAAUUUGGUCUCCAGUACCGUAGCCAAUCAGGACGCAGAAUACAAUGCGGGGUUUGUAUGCUGUAAAAAAAACUGCAUGCAAGAUUGCACUGUAAAAAAAGCGAGGACCUACUGUACUUCUUGUCUUCAUAUUUUACAGUAUAGCAUUGAAAAGCAUUUCCUCUUUCCAAUGAAACAUGGAUUUGUUGGAUGAGGAGCAAAACUGAGAACGUGAGUUGCAAUGCAAAUUGUGCCAAAUUUUCACUCUCCUAUGCUGAUUUGAAGGAAAAUAAACUGGCUUUCCCAACAGUAUUAAGGAUAUUAGAAAGAGGUGUUGUUACAACAGAGAAAUAAACACCAAACACCACUUUUUGAACUUUUUUGUUUGGUUUAUAUUGAACUAUUGUUUUGGAUUUUUAUUAUUAACUAUUGUAAUGUUUUGUUUUUAUUUUGUACUCUUACACAUAUAGUCAAAUGAUAAAACCAUAGGCUUCAUUCAUGAAUAUUGUUGUAAUUGUGGUCUAAAACAUUUACGUUGUAUGGUGAGGUUUAUGUGUGCGUAAAUUCUGAUUCCCAAACUCUAUUUACUGUAACUGGACAAUCUAGUCAUCUGUUGUCUUGAUCCUUGCUCACAAGAAUCUGUGGGCUCUAUCAAGAAAGUCAAUGCUCCCAAAACUGCCACAAUAGGCAAACUGUCUAUCUUGAAUUGGUAGCAAUGUUAGGAUGCAUUUUAAAUAAUGCUUAUGUAUGCAGGGGAUUUUUAAAGUGAGACUACUGUUGUAAGUACCUAAUGCUAUUGUGUCACUUUAUUAAAAUGCUCCCAGCAAAGGUUUCCAAUCUUGACUGGCAUCACAAAUUGAUGUACAGAUUAAUGAGAAUAACGAAUACAAAAAAAAAAAUCAAUAAAUUGGGAGUUAUUCUGUUUAAAAUCUGAAGGAUAAGCCUUUACAUUCAUAAUUCAAGAUGUUUCAUAUUGUGGAGUUGAGGAAUAUUAGCUGGAGCAGCGAGACCCCUCAAAAACCUUGCGUAGUAUCAAGCUCCCCAGAGUAUUAAUGCUGCUCUUAUUGUUCGUGUUUCCCCAAUACUUUGCAGAUGAUCAACACUUUGUUGAAAGCUUUAUUACACACAUUCAUUUCUCAUAAAUAUGGUGACAAAUCAAGUAUUUCCAUGCAGUUCACGCAUACAUUAAGCUAAAAACAAGCUGCACAGUUUUCAGUGCUAUACUUGAAUCUAAUUGCAAAGAUUCUUCCCUUUAACAUAAGCCAUGCAACCAUUUCCUGUCAAAAUGUGUUCACACCUGUUAAUCCCAGUGAGCCCUUUAACAAACAGAAUGGUGUUAUGUCAUGAUUAUUAUCUACAUUUAGAUCAACUAUUGCAUUGGCAGUGUUGGGUCAAUAUUUCAAAAGACAUAGUGAAUCAUUGCAUGUCACUUAAGAAGCAGCGCUUGAGACUAUCCUCAGGUUUACGAUUGUUUUGAAGAUGUGAGCAGGACAGUUGAGUCGUUUCCUCUUCAUGCGACUGUUAAUCAAAAAUGGACAUCUUCUAUUUGCUAACAUGUCAGUCAAAAAACUGCAUAUAUUUUACUUGCUGGAGCCACGGGGGACAGUCACACUCAGAAAGGAGAUGUUAGGGGACUGCACAACUUUCCAUCUUUCCAACUUACUGCCAUCUAAAGUGGUCUCAAGAUUACAGUAGCAUUUCUUCAUUGACUAGUACUUACAUGUCAGUCAGCUGUGUAGCUAAUGUAGUAAUUGUUUGGUGAUUUCCUCUCCCACGGUGCACUUUGUUCACUCAUUGCAUAAAAGUGGCCCAAGGGACGGCAACUAUAACUGUCUUCAAAACCACAGGCGAAAUGACUCGACUCGUUUACUAUUGGAAGCGGUGAAGUCACUGCUACGUUUACCUCAGAUGUGCAGUAUCGUUUAGUGGGUAUAUGAAGGAUUUAUGGAAUGGCGGGUGUCGCAGUGCACCUGCACAAUCUAAUGAGAUCCACUUUGAGAGCUUUAUUAAAAAUACAACCUUUACAGUAAUAAUGACUGAUUGACAUCAUUUAUUAUGAUUUUACUGUGGAUGUAGUUUGAAGUGUGAGGAACCUUGGUGUACUGCUUGGCGCUCAUUAGAUUGUGCAAGAACCUAAUGAAUUAUGUAAAAGCAACGUUAAUUUGUAUGUGAAGCCAAGUCUUUAUGAUAUUUUCUCUUCCUUUGCACUUGUAUCAGUUGUGUUUUCACAAUCUACAAUAUACCUCUGCUAGAUGAUCUAUACAGCUUUUUCUCUUUCCGUAAUGAUAUUUGAUUUGUGUGCCGCAUUAUGGACAUCUACUGGAAACGAUGCGAUGUACUAUUAUUAAUAGAUUAAAUUAUGGCUCAA